UCCGCAGGCCCACAGCGCCGGAGCCCCGCAGGAAUCAUGCCCAGAUCCUUCCUGGUCAAGAAGGUCAAACUUGACACAUUCUCCUCGGCAGACCUCGAGAGCUCCUACGGGCGCGCCCGGAGCGACCUCGGCGUGCGACUGCAGGAGAAAGGAUACCUCAACGACUACGCGGGGCCCGCCUCCGUCUACGAUGGCGAUGCCGAGGCGGCCUUGCUCAAAGGGCCAUCCCCGGAGCCCAUGUACGCUGCGGCCGUGCGGGGAGAGCUGGGCCCGGCGGCCGCGGGCUCGGCGCCGCCGCCCACCCCGCGCCCGGAGCUGGCCACAGCCGCGGGUGGAUACAUUAAUGGCGACGCGGCGGUCAGCGAGGGCUACGCAGCUGACGCCUUCUUCAUCACCGACGGGCGCUCCCGUCGUAAGGCAGCCAACGCCAGCGCCGCCGCCGCCCCCUCCUCUUCCGGAGGCCGGCACGCGUGCGGCGAGUGCGGCAAAACGUAUGCCACGUCGUCUAACCUGAGCCGCCACAAGCAGACGCACCGCAGCCUGGACAGCCAGCUGGCGCGGCGCUGCCCGACGUGCGGCAAGGUGUACGUGUCCAUGCCGGCCAUGGCCAUGCACCUGCUCACGCACGACCUGCGCCACAAGUGCGGCGUGUGCGGCAAGGCCUUCUCGCGGCCCUGGCUGCUGCAGGGCCACAUGCGUUCCCACACCGGCGAGAAACCCUUCGGCUGCGCGCACUGCGGCAAGGCCUUCGCCGACCGCUCCAACCUGCGCGCGCACAUGCAGACGCACUCCGCCUUCAAGCACUUCCAGUGCAAGCGCUGCAAGAAGAGCUUCGCGCUCAAGUCCUAUCUCAACAAGCACUACGAGUCGGCCUGCUUCAAGGGCGCCGCCGGCGGCGGUCCCCCGGCCCCUGCGCCCACCGCGCCGCCGCAGCUCAGCCCUGUGCAGGCCUAG